AUGUACAAUUUCUACUUCUGGAGUGGAGGCGAAGUUUUUAAAUUAGAUACAGUCCACAAUAAUGCUGAAAUUCGCCGAAAUUUUUACGCCCAAUGCAAAAUCUUGUUGGAAGGUUCCUUGUUCCAUUUUCAUAGUUUAACGGAACAUUUGAGCUCAAACUUGAAUAGUUUGUCAAGUUCUUAUUCAUACGUGAUCGAAACUUACCAGAAAAGAAUUAAACACCUUAUUGACUCUAUUUUCAAUGGCAAGUUUGCAGUGAUUAUUCUUGGAGACGCCAGCGUUGGAAAAACACACUUGGUUAUGUCUUUUGCAAAAAAAAAAUUGCCUGACAAGCCGUCAGCUACUAUUGGAAUCGAAUUUGAAACGAUCGUCGUAAAUACUAAGUCGGGCAAACAAAAGUCUUUCUGUAUAUGGGAUACCGCUGGGCAGGAACGCUUUAGGUCUAUCACAAAAAGCCAUUUCCGCCGAGCUUUAGGCUGUUUUUUGGUGUACGACAUUACUGAGCGACAAAGCUACAUGAAUAUUCAUCGUUGGCUGUCAGAUCUGCGACAAUCUGCGCCAGCAGAAAUCGUGAUCAUACUUAUUGGAAACAAAAUAGAUCUUGUUGACGGAGAGAAUUUACGAAAAGUUACAUACGAAGAAGCCCAACAGUAUGCAAAUGAAAACGGGCUGUUGUUUUUUGAAACCAGUGCGAUUUCGAAACAAAAUUUAAUGUGUUCAUUGGCUAGUACACAUUCACUGGGUGGUGUCAACAACAGAGUAUUGGAUUUUUAA